AUGUGGGAGAUCUUCACCACCGACCUACUCGUCAAGACUGGUCCGGGCUCACGAAAUGUACUCGGUUUGGCAUCCCCAUCCUCGAAUAUCGUCAAGCAUGUCCGCAAAAUCGACCUUCUGGACCGACCAAAUGCUUUUAAAGAAGCGGACCAACUGCCACAAUUCCUGGCUGCCAUCCCUCGCGGUCAACUAUGCGGCUUCAAUAGCAGAAGUGGCGUGCCUAUCAGUACGCUCGAGCUCCUACUCCAGAUACACCCGAAGCUCGAACAUUUCAUCAUCCCUGUCUCGCAAGGUGGAUCAGACACGACCCAGUCGGACAUGGUCAGCCUUCAAUUAAUCGGCCUUUACAUCAGUUCCCUCACCCUUCCUGCGACUUUCGGCACCAUGUUUCAGCGGAUAGACAUCAUUGCCCUCACUGAGCUCGUCCUUAAUUAUACUGGACGCGUCGCUGAGUUGCUGGAAGCUAUGUGCUCUGAAUUCCAGAAGCGAGAACCCUCUCUGAGGAAGCUGCGACUUCUCCUGGUGAAUGAAGUCGCGUCAAAUGACGUCCUCUCACAACUAAAGUUGUUUCUACUCUCUUUCCACGGACUGCGCCAGCUACAUUACCAGUGCGGCAAUUGCGUCAAGGUCGAUGUCGAUGGCAUCAUCAACCACGGGGAGACAAUCACGGACCUACUCAUCGUCAACGGAGGUGUCCACCGACAAGAUGCCACCAAAUGUAUGAGCGCGGAAGAUCUGCGGAAGGUCGCUAUCGCAUGUCCAAACCUAAAACAACUAUGCCUCAACCUAUACGAGAUCGAUCCAGAUACUCCAGAAGGUGACUUCCUCAGCCCAAAGUCUACUCUAUCUUCAGAAUCGACCGAGUUCGAGAACGCUUUGAGCGCUAUUGCCAGCAUGAAAGCACUACGGCUACUACGCUUGACGAACCCGCCCAACUAUCGCAAAGCCUACCACCGCCAAGGGGAGUUCAUGCGCUUCUUCCGCCGAUCGCUUGAGAGCGGAGAGCAGCGCUACGCGUUCCAGGCCCGAGCGGACAGCCUCGUGCGAUACAUGGGUGAUCGAAAAUCCAACAUGAGAUUCCUAGCAUUCUCUCCCAUAGAGUCGCUGACAAAGGCUGCCAUGGCGGACAAGAACGGACAUUUCUGGCCGCACUAUUUCUACUCCUGCGAGCGGAUGAAGGGAAAUCGAGGCACGGAAAUCUCAAUCGCGAGGGCGGUGAGGGACUGGAAGAGAGAGAUGCCGGAGGCUACUAUACUAAACGAGGGAUGA